AAUUAAGGAAACCCAAUUUGUCAAACGUCGUCGUUUUGGAAUGAAACAGUAGCUAAAACCCUCUCUGUUGAACUUAACGGGAACGGGUAAUCAGAUCCCUCCCUGCUCGCCGGAGCACUACUCGGCGUCUUCUUCGGAUCUUCUUUUAGGGUUCAUCCAGGAACUAGAUUGUCAAAAUUUCGUCGGAUGCGGAGAUCGAUUUUGAUUGUGAUUGCGUUAACGGCGAAGGGGUUUCUUCAUCGGCAUCUUCUGGAGAAAGGUAAUCCUGUAACUGCUCUCUCAUUAAACGUGUGCAAUUUCGGAGCUUUUUCUGGUGGCAGUGAUUACCGAGAGAGAUUGAGAAGUGGGCUUCACUCUAUUAAGUUUAACGAUGCACUUACUUUGUUCUGUGACAUGGCUGAGUCUCGUCCCCUCCCUUCCAUUGUUGAUUUCAGUAGAUUAUUGGUUGCCAUUGCUAAGCUGAAGAAGUAUGAAGCUGUGAUCUCUCUCUUUCGGCAUAUAGAGAUUUUGGGAAUUUCACAUGAUCUCUAUAGCUUCAGUACUUUAAUCGAUUGCUUCUGUCGAUGCUCUCGACUCUCUCUUGCUCUGUCAUGUCUGGGAAAGAUGAUGAAGCUUGGUUUUGAGCCCAGCAUUGUUACAUUUGGCUCUCUGGUGAAUGGAUUCUGUCACGUAAAUAGAAUUCAGGAGGCCAUGUCUCUGGUUGAUCAAAUCGUGGGAUUGGGAUAUGAACCUAAUGUUGUAAUCUACAACACUAUCAUUGAUAGUCUUUGCGAAAACCGACAAGUGGAUACUGCGCUGGACGUUUUGAACCAUAUGGAAAAAAUGGGAAUUAGACCGGAUGUUAUUACCUACAACUCUCUCAUUACUCGCCUUUUCCAUUCUGGUAAAUGGGGCGUCUCUGCUCGAAUACUGAGUGAUAUGAUGAGGAUGGGAAUCCACCCGGAUGUAAUCACUUUCAGUGCUAUGAUCGAUGUGUUUGGGAAAGAGGGGCAGCUUUUAGAGGCUAAAAAACAGUACGACGAGAUGAUUCAAAGGUCAGUUGACCCUAAUAUAGUCACAUACAAUUCACUGAUCAACGGGCUUUGCAUUCACGGUCUUCUAGAUGAAGCCAAAAAAGUGCUUAAUUUUAUGGUAAGUAAAGGUUUCUUCCCCAAUGCAGUGACUUAUAAUACUCUCGUAAAUGGAUAUUGCAAGUCCAAGAGGGUAGAUGAUGCGAUGAAAAUCUUGUGCGUAAUGUCGCAUGACGGAGUGGAUGGUGACACAUUCACUUACAACACUCUUUACCAGGGUUACUGUCAAGCGGGCCAAUUUAAUGCUGCCGAAAAGGUUUUAGCUCGGAUGGUUUCUUGUGGGGUGCUUCCCGAUAUUUAUACCUUUAACAUGUUGCUAGACGGUCUGUGUGAGCAUGGAAAAAUAGAAAAAGCAUUGGUGAAAUUGGAGGAUUUACAAAAGAGUGAAACAGUUGUUGGUAUUAUUACAUAUAAUAUUAUCAUCAAAGGGAUGUGCAAGGCUAAUAAGGUGGAAGAUGCUUGGUAUUUAUUUUGCAGUCUCGCUCUAAAAGGGGUAAGUCCUGAUGUUAUAACGUACACUACAAUGAUGAUAGGCUUGCGUAGGAAAAGACUAUGGCUUGAAGCGCAUGAGCUGUAUAGAAAAAUGAAAAAAGAUGAUGGGCUUAUGCCAAUUAAGUAGACGUAUAAAAGAGGUAAAUAGUAAAUUGGACAAACUUUAACCUAGGAGGCGUGAUGGAUUUAAUCACAUUUAGGGUGGGAAUGAGAGGAUACGGUGUCAACUCUCAUGGCAUUUUGUAGAUUGAUUUGGUUUGGACAUGUGAAGAGUUGAAGCUGGAGUGUUCGGCCAUUAGCACUAGAUGUUGCAAGUGUAGUUUUGUACAUACAUGUAAAGGUUGUUUCUUUCAUAAGCACAUUUGCUGCCAUAGAAGCUGAUAUUGA